CACCGCAGAGACCACAGAGAGAUUAAAACACACCUGGAGACACAAGACAGGUUCCUUGUCACCGCGGACUCCUUCAGCACCAAGCGUUCAGUUACAGAGUCGGUGUGUCCACGGUGACCCAGAUCACCCCCAGGCAGCGACGGCCAUCUGGGACUGUCUAGUGGACGACUUCAUGGCUGUGCCUUCACCUGGCUGAGGAGGAAAUGCUCCAUUGGAGACUGGUGUGGCUCCAGCUCCACCACCGAUGGAUCGUCCUGGGACCCGUCCCUCAUCUGCCUCGGAGCCGUCCUCCUCUGUUGGGUAUAUAUCUGAUCCAUCAGCAGCUGAAGAGAAAACCAGCGUCCAGCAGCAGACAUGGCGUUGCUCCAUCAGAGUCGAGGCUCACCCAGACUCGUCCUGGUGGUGGUUUGUGUCGCUCUGCUGCUCGACAAUAUGCUGCUCACUGUGGUCGUACCGAUCAUCCCAACAUUCCUCUACGCCAUCGAGCAUCCGAGUCCAGAGCCACAGACCGCCCAGCCCUCCCUGCUCCCUCUGCGCAGCCUCGAUGCAUCACGUCUGGGCACUGCACCCUCACGGCCCCCCUCCUCCGCCUUCAGCCUCCAGACCUCCAGACGGACCUCCCAGCGCCUCCACCUGCCUCGGCCCAGUACCGGUGCACCGGUCCAGGUUACAGGGCCGACCCUAUCAGCUCUGGUGUCCCUGUUUGAUAACUCGACCUUCAGCCUGACUGACGCGAGCGCCGGCACCGAACCGGCGGACCGGACCUCAGUGACCGCGGAUGUGCAGGGCAACGAGACCGAAGGCUCUUCCUGUCUUCAGGACAGUUUGUUUCUGGAAGAAGAAAAUGUUCGAGUUGGUUUGUUGUUUGCUUCUAAAGCUAUCAUCCAGCUGCUCGUCAACCCCUUCGUUGGUCCACUGACUAACAGGAUCGGGUAUCACAUCCCCAUGUUUGCUGGUUUCAUCAUCAUGUUUGUGUCAACCAUCAUGUUUGCCUUCUCAGGAACGUACGCUCUGCUGUUCGUCGCUCGCUCUCUGCAGGGGAUCGGCUCGUCCUUCUCCUCAGUGGCAGGUCUGGGCAUGCUGGCCAGCGUGUACACGGAUGAUGAGGAGAGAGGCAUCGCGAUGGGCGUGGCACUGGGAGGACUGGCUAUGGGAGUCCUGAUCGGAGCGCCUUUCGGCAGCGUGAUGUAUGACUUUGUGGGGAAGAGCGCCCCCUUCCUGAUCCUGGCCUUCCUGGCUGUUUUCGAUGGAGCGUUGCAGUUGUGCAUCCUGCAGCCUUCAAAGAUCUCUCCUGGGAGUGUGGAGGGAACGCCGUUACUCACCCUGCUGAAGGAUCCGUACAUCCUCGUCAGUGCAGGGUCUCUGUGCUUCGCCAACAUGGGCGUGGCCAUCCUGGAGCCCACUCUGCCCAUCUGGAUGAUGCAGACGAUGUGCUCCCCGAAAUGGCAGCUGGGUAUUGCCUUCCUCCCUGCCAGCGUGUCCUACCUGAUAGGAACAAACCUGUUUGGUGUUCUGGCCAAUAAGAUGGGACGGUGGCUGUGCUCCAUGCUAGGGAUGUUUAUCGUUGGCAUCAGUCUGCUGUGUGUUCCCUUUGCCACCAGUAUCUACGGCCUGAUUGGACCAAACGGCGGUCUGGGAUUCGCGAUAGGUAUGGUGGACUCCUCCAUGAUGGCCAUUAUGGGCUACCUGGUUGAUAUCCGCCACGCCUCCGUCUACGGCAGCGUCUACGCCAUCGCUGACGUGGCGCUGUGCAUGGGCUUCGCCAUAGGGCCAUCCACAGGUGGCGCUCUGGUCCAGGCCGUGGGCUUUCCCUGUCUCAUGGUGUUCAUCGGGGUCAUCAACAUCCUGUACGCGCCGCUCUGCUUCCUGUUACGUAACCCUGCUGUCCGAGAGGAGAAAAUGGCGAUCAUUGAUCAGGAGUGUGUGAUGCACAGGAAAAACUACAACACAGAGAGCCGUGAGUUUCCUCUGAGCGACUACAGCGAGGAGGAGGAGACGGAGGAGUGAUGCGCACAAGCUCGCCAAAACGUCCACAUCGUUAUACGCCACCUUCGUGUCACCUUUGCACUUCCUGAUCAUCAUUUAGUUGGUUUAGUUCAUCAGUGAUGUUUAGUUUAACUCUGACUCAUGCUAAGCUACUGUGAGCGAUCAGAAUCAGCCGAUGGUGGUUGAAGCGAUCUGGAUGUGAAUUUCAGAAUCUGUGUGUGCUGUUCUUGUGUUUCCUCCCACCUGCAGUCAAGUGUUGAAACUGUACCUGUGUCUGACCUCUGACCUGUGUCACCAUUAAAACCUGCCCUAACCUGGAGAGCAGCUGCUCACCUGUGUGUGCUUACCUGUCCAUCACAGUGUCAGGCUCACAGAA